AUGGCUACCACUUCAACUUCCGCCAGCUCCACAGUUGCCCCAGAGCCUCAGUACGAGAGUGACUUCGCUUCGGACGAAGACUUCCAGCACAAGAGAAGCCGCCUCGAAAAGCUCAAAUCCGACAAUCAACGACAUAAGGCUAGGGUGGCUGAGUUGAGACGGCAGCGAAAGGAGAGGGCGCGCAGGAGGUUGCAACUACAGAUCCGACAACAGGAAUUGUUGAACCAUCAUUCUCAGAUGGAGCUUGACGCCGAAGUGGCCAAAGCCCAACUGCAGGAUGAUGAUGACCUGACCGAGACAGAAGCCGAGGUUUCGAGGGAGAUGGAGGUCUACGGGCUUGCUGAUCCGGAUGAUAGCUCGGACGAAGAGUGUGUUGCUGUCGUGGGACCCCAAAUUAGCGAACGGAGCCAUCAGGUACAGCCGCAAACCUCUACCCUCAGCCUUUGUGAAAAUAAUGUCAACGACAACUCGACUGUUCGAACUGACAGAUUAUCCUGGACAGCAGCGGAGAGGGACAGCAGCCAGCCAGAGCACACCUCACAUGUCUCGGCGAGCCCGCCUGUCCGCUCAGUAGAGUGGGACAUCUUGCCAGCUUACGCCAAAUAUCUUGACGAAGCGAGCCUACGUCUAGUACUUGGAAAUUUCUUGGAAUACCCCGCCGUUCAAGUCUUCAUUAACCUUCUGGAGCCUGCCCUGCAAAUGUUCAUGGUCCAAGACCUGAAGGCAACAAUGGAAAAGCACUGCGACACCUGGAAAGACUUUGAUAGGCUAUUAUCCAGGCUGAUUCCUAUGGCCACCGAAUGGAAUGUCAAGGAACAUCUCAAUCCGAUGCAACCGCGUCCGACGCGCUCCACAGCCAGAGCGCGGGUCACACUCUCUUGGAACAACUUUCACCACGACGGCUCGCCACAGAAAACCAGCGUCUUUCCAGAUUCCCACGUCACAAGCUUCAAUUACACCAGAAUACUUACGGACACCAGCGGCAGAAGGGUCGACCCGAGCCCCAUCUUCAAGGCAUUCCUACGCACAAAGCACGCCACUGCUGACCCUUGCAUCAUGCACCGACAACUUAUAGUCCUCAGAUGCAACCCCACAGAUGAGUGCUCUGGAUGCAGCGCUCGCUUGAGUGACUUCCUAAAUCCCAAAUUCCCCGUUGACUACCACAACAACAUUGACGACGCGCACAUGAGACGAGAAAUGAAGAAAGGCAAGGUCGGAGUCAAAGCUAUCUGGGGUGACUGA